AACAAGAAGAUGAAAAUUUAUUCUACAACCCUUGGACUGAAGUUAUUACUAAAAAGAACUCAGCAUGCUAUGUUGCUCUUACUGCUGAAGUUGAAGUUCAACCUACUAUUAUGCAAGUCAAUACU